AAACCAGAUGAGGAAAUUCCCUUCUUUUAUGAGCAGAAGAAAAAAAAGCCCUUUUGUUCAGAAGGGUUAUGUCAAGAGGCUGAAUUAUUAUUUUCCUUUUUAAGUCGGCGGAAAGAUCUGGAGAAAGAGUUGAAGGUUGACUCAAAUUUGCCUCUCGGCAGUUCUAGCCAAGAGGUCACGAAGGACCUGCUGGACAUCAUCGACAACACCAGCAUCCGGACCAUUGAAGAGCACUCGCCCUUCACGGAGGAGGCCUGGGCGCUGCUCAUGGACGAGAGCCCGCAGAAGGCGGUGGAGGCCGACCCCAGCAGCCUCCGGCGGGCCUUCGACGACCACAGCGUGGUCCAGACGGUCCUGGACCUGGAGGAGGACUACCCCCUGAUGGGCUCUUACAAAUACCCCAUGGAGUGAGGGGCGCCCGCCCGGCAAUGCCCGCGCAGUCACGUUUCUCAGAGGGUUGGCCGAAUCUGCCCCCCGCCUCCCGCCCCCUUAACUUCCAGUUCCCUUUCGGAGCUGGGAGCCCAGCUUUGUUUUCAUUGCUUUGUUUUGUUUUCCUGUUGCUUUGAAAUAGUUCUGACUGUUCCUUGUCUUCACUUGCACCUGUUUCUUUGGUUGAUGGUCAAUAUACCUGGUGCUCAAGGCA